AUGGAGGCAGGCAAUGUUACAGAGGUGGAGAUAGGCAGUCAACUUGAUCAUGUGAAUAUAGGAUUAGAAACCCAGCUCAGGAGCAAACAGGAUGCCAAGUUUGCAAACAGACAACUAUCAUUCAUAAACCUAAUCGGGAAUAUUUUAGCUUUGUGGAUCCUGGUGAAAUACGAGAAGCCGAAAACCAUAACAGACAUCUUUAUUUUGAACCUGGGCACCUCUGAUCUGCUUUUUACCUGCUCACUUCCAUUCUGGACGGUGGAACAUACACACGGAUGGAUCUUCGGCAAGGCCAUGUGCAAAAUAAUCACUUUGAUCUUCUUUGUUGGUUACUACAGUGGGAUCCUGCUGCUGACAUUGAUGACUGUGGACCGAUACUUUGCAGUGGUUCAUGCUCUGCCUGCUUUGAGAAUCAGAAAGCUCUACUAUGGUGUGGUGGCCUGUUUGGUAGCUUGGUGCAUUAGUAUCUUGGCCACAGUUCCUGAAAUGAUCUUUGCAGAUAUCAUAGUCAGCGUAGAUCAAAGCUUUUCCUGUGGAAGUAUCUAUCCAAAGGGGAGUGAACUAAGAUGGCAACUAUCAGGGUAUUAUCAGCAAAACAUCUUGUUCUUCUUAAUCCCUUUCAUUGUAAUUGUGUUAUCUUACUAUAAAAUAUUCAAUACUGUUGUUAAGUGUAAAGCUAGGAGGAAGCACAAAACAGUGAAAGUUAUAUUUUGUAUUGUGAUGGUGUUCUUUUUGUGUUGGGCACCUUACAAUAUAAUUCUUUUCAUAUUUUCCUUGUCUGAUCUACAGGUUCUAUCCGUUUCAACCUGCACUGGACAGAAUCGCUUGCUUUACGCAUAUUUCAUUUGCCGGAGCAUUGCUUAUUUCCACUGCUGUCUAAAUCCUUUCUUUUACGCUUUUGUGGGUACAAAGUUCAGAGAACAUUUAAUCAGUGUUGCAAAUAAAAGGUUCCCCUAUUUGAAAGCAUGCACAGAAAUCAACAGCAGCAGCACCAAACAGAACAGCUUCCACAACUAUUCGGAUUUUGACCUGCAUCUUCAAACAGCAUUAGGAGUGUAGAGCCAUACUGUUUCUGUCAGAGUUGAAUGUAAUGUUAGAGGUAGACUCUUCAUGAUCCACUCUACCAACUUUAUUAAGGCCAGAUGCUCUGAAUGUUGGAACCCAGCUGCUUUGGGUCUGCAUGUAUCAAGGAAAUCACUGAAUCCAGUCCAAUCUCCCCUGAUCAAUGGCAGAAAUGGUGCUUAACUGCAGGGAUUUAUCCCACAAUCAAAGACUUAGACUUGCAAAGAUCUGAAAAUAAAAUGUGUGCUUUUGAAAGGGUGCUUUGGUCUUUCAUCUGAGGAGAGGGCAUCUCAUCAAGCCUUUUUCUGCACCCCAGACACAAACAGGGCUAAUGGAGGAGGCAAGAGGGAGCUUGCCUCCCUGCUCAGCCCACCUUGGGCUCUACAAUUAAGGCUGAUGGGUCCUUCAGAAUUGCUUUAUUUUGUGCCCGUGCCUGCUUAUACACAAACACAGGGCCACUGGUGUAGAAUGUACUUCCCUGCCAUGAGAAGCAAUCUCUGCCACUGCUCCCACCACCUUUAUAUAUCCCUCAGCUCAGUUCAGCUCUGUUUGUGACUCUACUGCCCACUCUUCCAGGGCCUCACGUUUGGUCAAAGUACUGAUCCAUUUGAGACCCCAGACUUGGAAGCAGUCUGGCAGGCAUGACCCAAGGGUAAAUGCUUAGGUUUCUGGUCAAUGGGCUUUCAUUGUCAUUGAAAGAAAGAAUGAGCCUCUCAAUGUCACACCACUCACCAAGACCAAAUUGACUAUUUACUCACUGCCCCCACAAUUCAAAAUCUCCCUUCACCAAGGGGAGAGAGUCUGGCAAUACAAUCCUCACAAUGUAAAUUUUUACUAACAAUAACCAAAUAUUGUCGGGCUAUAAUAUUUGAUGCAGUGUGUGAUUUGGAUUGUUAUGAUGUGCAUUUUAAACCAUCUGUACAUUUAUGUGUAAAAUGCUUCAAUUUGAAGGUUGAGAUCAGAAUUUAGUUCAGCAAAAAUCAUGCCUGAAAACAUAGACUGUUAAAAGUUGCAUUAACUUUUCUAACUCUGCCCCAGUAGCAAGGUAUCACCCUUAUUGCCAAUGACUGUUUGAUAAUCACAGCCACACUGACAUUACUUUUCUGCUCUGUCCUAGUUUGAGAUAUUUCACUAUUGCCAAUGACUCAGAAUAUAAAAUACCUUAUCAAUGUAAUUCAUUUUCCUAAAAAGCCUCAUUUGUCAAAGUGAAAUGCAGCAUACUUAUAUGAAAAUUAAUUUGAUGUUGUACAAUAAUAUUGAAAUAAAAAAAAUC